AUGGCGCCGGCGGCGGAAGCUGUCGACGGGCCAGCAGCCGCAUCGCCGCCAUCACUUGCAGCAGUUGCAGCUCGUCCACGCGGGGGCGGCGCGCUCGAGCCACGCCAUAGGCCCGCGAGACGCGCGAAGCUGCCAGAGGCGCUGCGGUUUGCCUUGGUGGUGGUGCUAAGCUUUUCAAUAGCCGCGCUGGGGCAGGCGUUUUUGCACCAAAUGACGGCGGGCGAGGUGGACAGCAUUGCGAGACAGCCCGCACCCACCACUACCGAGAUUGCCGUCCUGGCUGGCUGGCGUUUACUCGCGCUUGCUCUUGGCUGGCUCGGCGACUUUGACGCCGUCGAUCUUGCAGCUCUCGCCCUGCUCUCGCAUGGCCCUGCAGCCCAUCUCACCUCGGCCUUCUACGGGAUUCGUGCCUUGACCGCCGCCGCCUACCUUGGCCUUGACGUUGUAUCAACGUUCUUACCGUUCCUGCUCUUGCGCCAGAUUUCAGGAGCCCACUCAGCCGCACCUGGCGUCCCAAACCGGGAGAUUGUUGUCGAUAGAGGCAUCCAGGUGCUCACCGGACUGCUUUCGGGCCUCACGUACACCGUAAUUCUGUUCCUGGCAUCUCGGGCCUAUCUCCCGACCGCCCUGGUGCUCUACUUCGAUGACAUCCCCACCAUCAUACCCGCGGCGGAGGCCGGAAUGUUCUUCGUUGGCAGCCCGCUCACACAAGCGGCUACCAUGUUGUUCGGGGUAGCUGCGCGGUCUUUUAUCUUCACGCCUACCGUGACGACGCCCCCGACGGCGCAAGACCAAGAGAAUGCAGAGUUCGAUCCUGUUCGUGCCACGCUCGGGGAAACGGUCGCGUGGAAUUUGUGGGGCUUCACAAGCCGGACCAAGGUGUCGAUCUCGCGGACGGCUGUGGCCAUGCUCUUCACGGGAGUCGGCACGUACCUACAAUGUGCCCUAACAAUCAACGGCGUGGAAUCAUACGGCGCCGUUGUGUACGCCAGCGCCUGGGUCAUGGCUACCCUUGUGACUGGACUCGCGAUGAAAUAUGUAGCAACCGUAUGA